AUGACCACGAACGAGGGAGGAACAGUCUCCGAUGGAGCUGAAGCAACACAAAACCAAAAUGGCAAGAAUGACCCGAAAAACUUGGAUUCGGAACCAUCAUCCGACGAGGAAAAGACUCCCACCAUUCAAUUCUUGACAGGUAUGAAGGGAGAUCUAGCGGCUCGGAUGCCACUCUACAUUGAUGACUGGAAAUGCCCACGAAGCCCCAUGAAAGUGCUGAACUCGACUUGGUUCGUGUUCGUCGUGCAGCUUAUUCCAGCAUUGAUUUUCGCCGAGCUUUUAGAUAAACAGACCGAAGGACGAUUGGCCGUGGCCGAAGUCAUCCUCAGUGCCGGCCUCAUCAGUGUGAUAUAUGCCUUGAUGGCUGGUCAACCGCUUGUUUUGUUGGGAAUCACAGGGCCUGUUGCAAUUUUGCUGGGAAAAUCAUACCGUCUGGCCGAGGACUACGAUGCGGAAUACUUCACCUUUUUCUGGUGGCUUUGUAUGUGGGCUGCACUUUUGCACAUGCUCUCUGCCGUGCUUGGAAUUGUGAAUUUUGUUUGGUUCAUUUCUCCCUUUUCAACGCAAAUCUUUGAAUUCUUCAUUGCAUCAUCCUUCAUUUUCCAAAGUAUUCGUGACCUGGUGAAGGACAUCCAUUUGCGGGACGAGGAGAUGGAAGAGAGAUCUGCUGCCUACGCCUCUCUGCUUAUUGGUUUGAUGACAUUCUAUAUUUGCUGGACUCUGCAUUUUGCUGAAACUUGGCCGCAUCUUACUCGGCAAUUCAGGGAAUUCUUAACCUCAUACAAUAUGCUGAUCGCUCUUGUUAUCAUGACGGCCCUCAGUUAUCUACCUGGGGUGGCGCAAGAUUCAAAUGGCCGAGCUGGUAUCAAGCGAGUGGAGAUUCGACGUAUCCCUUGGGAUUGGCUCCCUACGACUGAACCGGGUAUCGAGCCUCGUCCUUGGAUUGUUGCCGACCCAUUUGACGGCAUUGAUGUCAGGGGAAUCUUCGGUGCUCUCUUUCCCGCCUUUAUGCUUUACCUCCUCUUUUUCAUCGAUCACAAUAUUUCAAGUAUCAUGACUCAAGCACCAAAGUACAAUCUGAAGAAACCACCAUCCUACCAUUGGGAUUUCUUUGUUCUUGGAUUGACAAUAAUUCCAUGUGGAGUCAUGGGGAUACCUCCAGGAUCCGGUCUGAUUCCAGAGGCUCCUCUGCACUCCAGAUCGCUCUGUACUCGUACUUACAAAACCAUUAAUGGGGUUCGUCGCGAGGUCUUCUCCGACUGUGAAGAACAACGUUGGUCUGCAAUGGGACAAGCAUUACUGAUGUUUGCCAGUUUGAGUGUGAUUGUUAUCAUCAGCUGGAUCCCAGUUGGAUGUCUGUUUGGAAUCUUCUUGUACCUUGGUGUUGACGCGAUGCACGGCAAUGAGAUCUGGGAGCGGAUCAAUCUCAUGUUCAUGUACGCGAAGAAGCGACCUCCAAUCCCGGUCGUUGCCAAAACAAGCAGCUGGAGAGUUGUUCAACACUACACUGCCAUCCAAUUCGGCCUUGCUGUCGUCACCUUCAGCAUUGCUCAAUUUGCAACAUGGGGAUACGUUUUCCCAGCAUUGAUUGCUGUAUAUGUACCAGUUCGUAGCUUUAUCGUAUCACGACUCUUCUCGCUAGAAGAUCUGCAGCAUUUGGAUCCUUCUGGAGAAUCGGAGGAGGAGUACCAUGAGGAACAAAGGGAGUACCUCCAUCAUCGUGAAGGGAAUUUGGACGAUGCCGAUGCAUUCCAUGGCUUUUCCGAGUUCCGUUCAAAGGGUGUGAACCACGACGCUAAUGAUCUGCGCAAGCGCCAAGCAGUACCGGUAGCAGCAGAAGAGUAG